AUGGAGAACAAGAGCACACGUUAAAAAAGUUGGCAGUAAAGUAUUUGAUUGAUUGAUUGACUUGCAUAAUUACGCGUUUUAUUGUAGAAGUAUUUUGGAGCACGAAAGCCAAGCCUGUCACAUUGUGCACAUCUAUUGUUGCUAUUUUUGCAAACGUGUGAAGAGGACGAGAAGGAAAAAGCACAGUCCGAGAAUGGUGCAGGUGGACGUGCGGCCUACGAAUUUCUGACAGCGGGCAGAUUAUUUUGCUCCAAAUGUUCCGAUUGUCUUGCAAUUCCAUCGUACCACGCGCACAUUCAAGCCCGGAACAUAAACGCCUUCGCGUUUCAAGAGAACUGUUAAAAGUUAUCAGCCAGGCCUUUGAUUGACGAGAAUGAUGGGCGGCGUGAGCGUCCAGGAGCUGGAUCUUUCCAAGCUCACCGACGACGAGGCCAAACACGUGUGGCAAGUUGUUCGGCGAGAUUUUGACCUGAGGAAGAAAGAGGAAGACAGACUUGGAGAACUCAAGACCAAGAUUGAGCGAGAAGACUUUAAAAGAGAGAUGCUGGCCGAGUGGGCCCAUUUGACGCAGUCUCACUGCAUUCGCUGUCUGAAGAGCUUCAAGUUCCUGGUGAAGAACAAGCGGCAGUGUCUGGACUGCCGUUUGCACGUCUGCGGCUCGUGCAGCCGUUACAACAAAAAGGAGCACGGCUGGCUGUGUGAUGCCUGUCACAUGGCUAGGGUCCUCAAGAUCGGCACCCUGGAAUGGUACCACAAGAACGGGCGCAUGCGCUUUAAGCGUUUCGGCAGCGCCAAGGUGAUGCGAUCGCUCUUCAAAAGACUCGGCGGGGAGAACUCUUGUGAUGACGAUGACGACGAUGAUGCAAAGCAUCACCAAUACGACACACAGAGCAACCCCGAAGUCCACACACUGGGAUUGGAAGACAGUUGUAUGAAUGCCACCGAUUCACAGCGCUGCGUUAAUCAGAUGAAAAAAACCCGAAGGCGUCUCACUGUGGACCCCAUCGUUUUUGGCCUGGACUCGGGACCAGGCUCUCAGCAGUUGCUGAAAGACCAAGGCAAAUUUGUGGACGUCGGUUCGGACCUUUGCUUGACUCCACAACGAGAUGACCCGGUGUACUCGGACAACGGCACCUUUCCGUCUCGCUGCACUUCCCGGCUCAGCUACUCUUCUUAUGGCAGCGGGAGCGGCGGGGCACCCCAGCGAGGCUACUUCCUGGGACCCCGUGAUGAUGAUGACGACUCAGAGGAAGAUGAUGAUCUCGCACGGUCCUACCCGAUGUACCGAGCUCAUUUGGGACCUCGCGAGCAUGUUUCACAGGAGAGCCUCAACUACCCCAAGCAGCCACCGCAGAUCAGCGAGCUGAACCGACGAAUGUCAGCCAUCGAGAGCCUUUUAAGCCGCAUGCAGGAGGCCGAGCUUUGUGACGACGAGGCACCUCAAGCCAGAGAUAGUGCCUCUCCUCUUUGCGAGUGGGAGGACAUGGACCUGAACAUGGAGGAGCAUCAACUAAGACAAAAACUGAUGGCGAUGGCGGGCGACAUAAGUGACCACAGCCUGAGUUCUGACGAGGAGGAGUCCAGCCGCUCUCAAGAGACCUCGGCGGAGAAAAUGUUCAGCAGAAGCGUGGUGGUCCCUACAUGGAAUGUGCUGACAAGCUCUCAGAAGGCAGAGCAUUCGAGCGAAGGCCUGGAGCACAAAUGGCAAGAGGAAGGCUCCAAGUCCAGCUUCAAAGGUUCCACGGCGUUGCUGUUUGAGCUGGAGGACAAAAUAGCCCAAGCCGCGGCCGACGUGCACGACGCCCAGACUCAGGUGUCCUUCAUUGAAAAUCGGAUCGCCGCUCUCAACCCUGGCGGAAUGCCGCUGGAAAAAAGACAAAAGUCCGGAGUCCUGCUCAGAACAAGAAGACUUUCCCAAUACUUCCCAGCAACAAAUGGGAAUGAAACAGGACUCAUGAGGAGAAGACUAAGCUUGGUGUGAGAUUUCAAGAAAACUAUGAACCGUCCUGUGAUGUUUGUUCUUCGAAACGCAUCACACCACCGGUCAAUAUGACCCGGUGCACCGUUUUGGACAAGCUCACCAAUGGCACGAUAUAGUUGUCAUAUUACAGUGACACAAUAUUUUUUAGAAUAUAGUCAAAACAAAAAUAAGGAAGAAAAAUAGAAGAGGAGCAUAUUUUUUUCUACGUUUUAAAUUAACACACGAGGUUCAUCUAAAACAAGUGAACCCAUCUCAAAUGCAUUUAGCUGACAUUGCUGUUUGUUUGUUUGUUUGUUUGUUUGUUUUAAUGAUACACUUUGCAAUCAAUGUAUGCCAUUUUAAUUCAUCUAAUUUGAAAGCACUUUAUGCAAUAACAUUCCUUGUCUUAUUAUUCUUGAUAGAAUGAUUAUAUUUAAAAAAUCAUUUCAUUUCCUCCUAAAUCUAUUAAGACACAUGCAGCUUGUGACUCCAUAAAGAUGUGACGUGAUUAUUG